UUUUGACAUGCGGUUGUUGACGUUUCGGAAUCCGGAUUCUGUCAAAGUCUGAAAAUUUGGAAAGCUGAUGCAAUAGAAGUAAAUACUUUUUUUCCAAUAUUUGAGUAAUUUGCAAUCGAAAAACGGGUUUAUUAAUAUUUUCUUUUGAAAGUGUUUCUUGGAUUUGUUAGAAAUGGCAGAAGAUGAAACAAUUUUUGAUCCAACUCUCAAGAAAAAAAAGAAAAAGAAGAAGGCUACCUUUGAUAUUGAUGCAGCUUUAGCUGAGGGAAAUGAUUCGCUUGAUGGAAAUACAUUAUCAGGAGAAAAUGAUGCCUUAGUUGCAAAUGAUGAGAAUGAUGAUGCUAAUGCCGACAUUGAUCUUGAUUUUACUAAACAAAAAAAGAAGAAAAAGAAGAAGCCUUUUAGCACUGACGAUUUGGAAGCAGCUUUGAACGAUGUGAAAGAUGAGACUUCUGGCCUGGAGGGUACAAAUCAAGAUGAAGAAAUUAUCGAUGAUAAUUUUGAUCUAGAUUUUAAUAAACUCAAGAAAAAGAAGAAGAGUAAAAAGAAGGAUCUCGAUGAAAUUAUGGCAGAGGUAGAUGAUAAAGCAGAAGAUAAAGAAAAUGUGGAUGAUAACGCCAUAACAUGGAGCGGAUCUGACCGUGAUUACACAUACGAAGAACUUCUCAAUAGAGCUUUCGAGAUUAUGAGAGAUAAAAACCCAGACAUGGCUGCUGGAAAGAAACAGAAGUUUGUUAUGAGACCGCCACAGGUUGUUAAAAUAGGCGCAAAGAAAACAUCAUUUGCCAACUUCACAGAGAUAUGUAAAAUGCUGCACAGGCAGCCGAAACAUUUAUUAGAUUUUUUACUAGCUGAGUUAGGUACUAGUGGUUCUGUUGAUGGCAACAGUCAGCUCAUUAUCAAGGGUAGAUUUCAACAAAAACAGAUUGAGAAUGUAUUAAGAAGAUACAUAAAAGAAUAUGUAACUUGUCAUACGUGUAGGUCACCAGAUACAAUUUUACAAAAGGAUACAAGGUUGUUCUUUUUACAGUGUGAAACCUGCGGGUCUAGGUGUUCUGUAGCUAGUAUAAAAUCUGGUUUCCAGGCUGUAACAUCAAAACGAGCCGCGAUGAGAGCCAAAACAGCUUAAUCCUUAGUCAAAGUUUAUGCAAUAUUUAUAAAUAUGAUUGGUAUUAUAUCCGCUGCACUUUUAU